AUGAAAAGUCCAGGUGAUGCCCGAAUACUCGAUCUGACCGACAGUCACUGGACCAUCAUAGAGGGGAUGAUACCUGUACUGAAGCCACUCUAUAUGGCCACACGGAUCAUGUGCUCAGAAGAGUAUCCGACCAUUAAUGGACUCUAUCCUAUCCUCUAUAGCUUGAAAAACCACCAUCCUCUGGUAAAAGACACUGACUGUGUCAGUGUGGCGACUUUCAAAGAAAAGUUACUCGCAGACAUUGACAGACGUUACAGUCUCAACGACGACAAGAUACUGAGCAGCCUUACUAUGCUUGCUACUUUCCUUGACCCAAGAUACAAAAAUCUGCCAUUUCUAUCUGAUGAGCAAAGAGAAACUGUGAAAGCUAAUGUUCUGUCCGGUGUGAAUGAACUGCAAAUUCCCAAUGAUUAUCAAAACAACCCCUCCCUACGGUUUCUGCAGAUGCUGAUGGAAUUGAGCCCUGUUUGA